AUGCCCGAGGGCACGCUGCUCCCGGACUAUGCCCUCCAAGCCGAUGGCUCCAGCGCCUGUGAGCGCCAGGGGCUGAAAGAGGUUCCCGUGUUGGAGGGCAAGGACCUCGAGACCAUGCGGAGAGCCUGCAAGCUGGGUCGGGAGGUUCUGGACACCGCUGCUCGCUUCAUGCGGCCUGGCGUCACAGGGGACGAGAUCGACCGCGUGGUCUACCAGGCGUGCAUCGAUCGCAAGAUCUACCCUAGCCCACUGAAUUACUAUCGCUUCCCCAAGACGCUCUGCGUUUCAGCUAACGAGGUCAUUUGCCACGGCAUUCCGGACUGCCGGCCCUGCGAGGAGGGAGACAUCGUGAACUUAGACAUCAGCAUCUACUUCGAAGGCUUCCACUCAGGCCGGCUGCCCAGCUCAGCGGACCGCAGGGCGCAGGGGGAGGGCGGCCGGGCGGCCUUCGGGAAGACAGCCUACAAUGCCCUCUUCGCUGCAGCACAGAUGAUCCGUCCGGGGACCUUCUAUCGAGAUUUAGGUGCCGCCAUCCAGUCAGAGGCGUCCAAGAACGGCUGCGCCGUCGUCACCACGCCGUAUUGCGGCCAUGGCGUCGGGAAGUUGUUCCACGGACCGCCGAAGGUCCCCCACUACAAGAAGAACAAGGCCGUGGGCAUCAUGAAGCCCGGCCACGUCUUCACCGUUGAGCCCAUGCUGAACCUUGGGGGCAACGGCGGCGACAGGACCUGGCCCGACAACUGGACCGCCGUCACUCGAGAUGGCAAGAGGUCCGCCCAAUUCGAGCACACCUUCUUGGUCACCGAGUAG